UUCUCUUAUUUUACUCAAGAAAAAACAUGUCUUUUGUACUUGUUACAAGAAUUGUUUUUACUUAUCCUUAAUAAUUGAGCCUCUCGGAUAAAUUCAUUAUCUUCUUCCGACUUAAAUCCAUGAAAAACCAUGUCUGCAUUUUGUAGUUGUAACAUGGAAUCCACUUUAUCUUUCAGAAUUAAACCUCUCGGAUUAAUUUUAUAUCAUCUGCUUCCCAGUUUCGUUUUACGGAUUUUAUGUUUAUUUGGCUCUAUAUUGCUGAUAGAAUCUCAUCUCUAUUCGACUCUAUGACUUUUUUUUUAAUUCUCUAAUAUUGACAAGACUAAACCCUUACAGGCACCUCAGGCGGGAUUUGACCUACUACCUUAAACACAUACCUUGCAAAGUUGCAUUAAUUGGUGAUAACUUAUUCGUGAAGGUUGUGAGACCUUAUCCCAUAGUUGAUGUUGACAACAUAGAGCAUAAGUUAUACUUUGCUAUGUCCAAACAAGUACCCUUGGCACCUCCUCCAAAUGCAGAGAACACAGAGCAGUCUGUUGUUUCAAUAAACUAUUCAGGUUAUGUGGAAAGCUCCGAAAUACCAGAGAAUGAAGCGGUCAUGUAUAAUCAACCGGAGAAUAGCACUUCACAUGGAGAUUUUAGUGCCAAUUCUAUGCCAGAAAGAUCAGGUGGGUCUGCCAGAGGAGAUAUAAAGCAUUCAAUCCCUCCUGUUUUCCAGAAAGAACGAAGACCAUUGACAUCAUGGAGAUCCUCUAAUACACCAUAUCUUUGUAUUGCUUGUGGAGCAAAGACAGAACUAUAUAUCAAGGAUUCAAUGAGAUUCAGUUUCUCAGAAAUACAGCUGGCAACAGAUGAUUUUUCAAAGGAUAAGUUGCUUGGAGAAGGUGGAUAUGGUCAUGUAUACAAAGGUCGGUUAAAAGAUGGGCAGGUCAUUGCUGCAAAGGUGCGGAAGGAAGCAAGCACACAAGGGUUUUCCGAGUUUCAUUCUGAAGUUUAUGUUUUGAGCUUUGCACGUCACAAAAACAUUGUGAUGCUUUUGGGCUAUUGCUGCAAGGAAAAUGUUAACAUCUUGGUCUAUGAAUUCAUCUGCAAUAAUUCUCUUGAGUGGCACUUAUUCGAGAAUGCAGAAAAUGUUCUUGAGUGGCACCGUAGAUAUGCAAUUGCCAUUGGCACUGCAAAGGGAUUGCGUUUUCUGCAUGAAGAAUGUCGUGGAGGUCCAAUUAUUCAUCGUGACCUGAGGCCGAGCAAUAUACUGCUCACUCAUGACUAUGUUCCCAUGCUAGGUGACUUUGGCCUGGCUAAGUGGAAGACAAAUGAGGAUAAGAUAUACACAAGGAUACUUGGCACAUUGGGAUAUCUUGCUCCUGAAUAUGCAGAGAAUGGCAUUGUGUCUGUUAGAACAGAUGUCUACGCAUUUGGCAUUGUUCUUAUACAACUACUUUCAGGACGCAAAGCCAUAGAUUCAAUGAGAGAGGACAGUCAUCAUUCCCUUAGACAAUGGGCAAUUGCACUCAUUGAAAGGCUUGCAUUGCAUGAGCUCAUUGAUCCUCGCAUAGGCGACUCUUAUGACACAUUUGAAGUGUACCACAUGGCUAGAACAGCAUUCUUGUGUGUGCAGAAUGACCCUGAGCUGCGGCCAUCAAUGGGAGAGGUCUUGCGUCUUCUUCAAGGGGAGUUAGACCAUCUCCACCAGAUCGCGGAGCAGUUUGUGCCUCAUUUUGUUCCACAUUUUAGUAAAUAGAAACGUGAUCAGCCAUGUUAUGUUUAAUUUGUUGUUACAACGGUCGGAUGUUUUACAUUUCUGUGACUAGGGAAAGGAAAAAGAGCUGUGUAAGCUUUGUUUGGUGUGACAGUUAAUAAUACAAGUAAUACUUUUAAACA